UUCAUUCGGUUGGAAGACAAAGUGCGAGCUUUGAGCCUUUUUUUUCCUUCUAUUGUGGAAUUUUUGUGCAUCCUGUUUGGCGUUAUCUUUAAUGUAGGAUGCUCUUUAAAUUAAUUGCUUACUUCCACAUAAUUACUUAAGGGCACUUUCUCGGCGGGAGGCCCUUAUUUUGUAGUUGGGCUAUAUUUAACCGCUUUCCUAAGUGUUUUUAUGUGCUGAUAUUACACACUCGCGAGCUCACACGCGGCUUAUUGAGUAUUCAGCGGAAACCUGGCGAUAUUGGUUUAACCGUAGUGCGUCUAACUGCAUUGUAGUGUUUGUGUUUUUUGAUUUCGGAGUUCGUUUUACAAUGGCGACUGCACCUUCCACGCCGGCCGGUCAGAGACUGAGCAGCACGCCGCUGAGCCCCACGCGGAUAACGCGGCUGCAGGAGAAGGAAGAGCUCAGCCACCUGAACGACCGCUUGGCCGCUUAUAUCGACAAAGUGCGGAGCCUGGAGUCCGAGAACAGCGUCCUCCACCUGCAGAUAUCCGAGAGGGAAGAAGUGAGGAGCCGCGAACUCACCGGCUUGAGGUCUCUGUACGAGACGGAGCUGGCGGACGCCCGGAGGUCCCUGGACGACACGGCGAAGGAGCGCGCCAGGCUGCAGAUCGAGCUCGGAAAGAUCAAGACCGAGCACGAACAGCUACUGCAGGGCUGUGCUAAGAAAGAUGCUGACCUGGCCAGUUCUCAAGUCCGGCUAAAGGAUGUGGAGGCAUUGCUUAACUCUAAGGAGGCUGGUCUUGCCACUGCACUGUCUGAGAAGAAGGCCCUUGAGGGCACACUGUUUGACCUGCAAACCCAGAUCCAGGAGCUUGAGGCAGGUUUGGCCUCUGCUAAGAAGCAGCUAGGAGAUGAGACUCUGCUCAGAGUGGACCUGGAGAACCGCUGCCAGAGCCUGGUGGAGGACCUUGAAUUCCGAAAGAAUAUGUUUGAAGAGGAGAUCAAGGACACCCGGCGCAGGCAUGAGACCAGGCUGGUGGAGGUGGACUCGGGCCGACAGAUGGAGUAUGAGUUCAAGCUGGCCCAGGCGCUGGCUGACAUGAGACAGCAGCAUGAUGAACAAGUGAAACUCUACAAGGAUGAGAUGGAGCAGACGUACUUGGCCAAGCUGGAGAACGUACGUCUUUCAUCAGAGAUGAACAGCAGUUCGGCUAGCAUGGCUCGUGAGGAGCUGAAGGAGUCUGCUCUGAGGGUCGAGAGUCUGUCAGCUCAGCUGGCCAGCCUGCAAAGGGAGGCCCGAGCCUGGCAAGACCGUAUCAACGAGCUAGAGGCUGCUCUGGCUCAGGAGAAGGACGUGAGCCGCAGGAUGCUUGCAGAUAAAGAACGCGAGAUCGCCGAGAUCAGAGCCAAGAUGCAGCAGCAACUGGAGGAAUAUGAGCAGCUACUGGAUGUCAAAUUGGCCCUAGACAUGGAGAUCAAUGCCUACAGGAAGCUGCUUGAAGGAGAAGAGGAGAGGUUGAAGCUCUCUCCCAGUCCAUCAUCUCGUGUAACAGUGUCCCGGGCCUCGUCUAGCCGCAGCGUACGAACCACACGUGGGAAGAGGAAGCGUGUGGAUGUGGAGGAAUCGGAGGCCAGCAGCAGUGUCAGCAUUGCCCACUCAGCCUCCGCUACUGGCAACGUCUGCAUCGAUGAGCUUGAUGUGGACGGUAAAUUCAUCCGUCUGCACAACGCGUCUGAUCAGGACCAGCCAAUGGUAGGCUUUGAGAUGACCAGAACUAUCGGGGAUGCUUCUGCUACCUACAAGUUCACUCCCAAAUAUGUCCUCAAGGCUGGUCAGAAAGUCACUAUUUGGGCAUCUAAUGCUGGUGUGAGCUCCAGUCCUCCAACUGACCUCAUCUGGAAAAGCCAGAGCUCCUGGGGCACUGGGGAGAAUGUUAAAGUGGUCCUGACUAAUGCAGAUGGAGAGGAAGUGGCUGUAAGAAGUACAGUGUUCAAAACCACCACAGUAGAGGAGGAAGAGGAAGAUGAUGAUGAUGAGGGUGUGGAGGUUGUUGAGGAACAUCUCUUCCACCAACAGGGAGAUCCACGCGCCACCAAGAGGGGCUGCUCAAUCAUGUGAGCACAGCAACACUACAUUUCCACUACAGUCUCAGCUGCCAAUACUAUAACCACCUCAGAACUAUUUUUGUAUCAGUAGUGUGUAUUAUAAACGGAGUGAUUUUUAUUUUUUUUUCCUCCUCUCUCUCCCCCUCUUUUCCUUCCUUUUCACUUGUCCUAAAUUAGUUUUAAAUGAUUGUAAACCUCUUUUGGUACAUUUUCUAUUUUUAUUUUGUAAGUGAAUGCAUAUGUGCAUAAGUAUGCGUCACAACUUUCUUUCUAUGAACCAAAAUUUUUAUGAUCAGUGGGGGACUGUGACCGUUUAGGCAGCUUUUGCAAAAUCUCCCAGUCUCCCAGGUGCUGUGAUCUUACCUUUUUGAUGUGUAUCUCAAUUUUUUUUAAGAUAGCAUUUUAAAGGCCUCUUUAUAGAAAAGCUGUCAUUUUAUACUAGCUUUCUAAUUUUUAGCUGGAGAGGUUUGUUGCAUAUAGUGGAAUGUAGACUAGCUCAAGACAUGGGAGUCAGAAUGGAUUGCAGUUUCAUUAGUCACUUUUGAAGAGAAGGCUGCCACACUGACAUAGCUAAAUGUGUUUAAUCCUAAGGACUUUCACUCAGGCAGAAGUCUGCAAUCCACCACAUGGUGUCAGUCUAGUCUCAGAUGGCAGUCUGAUGAACAGCAGUCAAAACUGGGAAGCUUUGCAGGCUUUUAUGAUUGUAAGCUUUUUGAAAAGUGAUUGAGCUCAAGAGUAACACUUAAACCAGGUUUUUUGUGUGUUUUUUUUUUUUUUUUUUUUUUUUUUUUUGUUUUGUCUUUGUGAAUCACUAUACACAACUCUCGAAGGUUUGUUUGAGUCACUGAACAUGCCAGUAUACACUGAGAAUAACUCCCUGCAAAUAUGUUCAAUUGAAAGUUUUGAGCCAUUAUAAUGUGGAAGCUAGCAUCACGCUCUUCUUGAGUUACUGUACCUUACUAGCAGUUAUGUAUGCACUCUAUUGGCUACACAGUAUCUAGUUUAUUUUGCUUAGACACUAGCAUAUAUUAAUGCAGCUGACUGCAGCAGCAUCACAUAAUUACCUCUCAUAAUAAACUGCCCGAGGUUGGAAUUGCGUAAAUGUUAUUUUAUUCCCUUUUGUCUGUCUUAUCUAACUGACAGUAGUCUUAUGCCUACAUUUUGAUUUUUCAUCUUAACCAUUACUAGAAUUGUGGGUUGUCAUGUCACUUGCAUGCUUAUUUUCUCAGUAACCUUUACUGUUUGAAAGGUUAAUAAAUUUUGCUGUAUUUUCUACCUA